GGCGAGGCCACGUGAAUGCUAAUAACGUCUCCCAAAGUGACACCAAAGUUGCAGUUUGGUGUCGGCAUGGACGGAAGGGCAGAGGAAGACAAAAUGGAGAGACCAGAAAAAAUUGCAAAUUAUGACGACAGUCAAAAUGAAGAAGAAGGUCUUGGUUCUGUUGUUGCUAACCAUUAUAAUAACCUCCAGAACAAGGGGGUUAAAGAAAGGGCCAAGAGCCGUAUAUUUUAUAUGAGAAAUUUCAAUAACUGGAUCAAAAGCUACCUUAUUAACUACUGCCUUGAGCAGAUUCGAGAGAGGCAGGUAGAUGACUACCCAAUAUCAGUGCUCGACCUUGGCUGUGGAAAAGGUGGUGAUCUACUGAAGUGGCAGAAGGGAAAUAUUAAACAUUUGAUAUGUGCUGACAUUGCUGCUGUAUCAAUGGAAGAAUGCAAAGAACGUUAUGAAAUCACUAAGAAGAGAGCAAGAGGUCCUUUAUUCGCAGCAGAAUUUAUUGUUGCAGACUGCACCAAAAUGAGAAUCAAAAAUAAUUUUGAAAAUUCCAAUAGAAUGGUGGACUUGGUAUCAUGUCAGUUUGCUUUUCAUUAUUGUUUUGAAAGUCUAAGCCAGGCAGAAACGAUGCUUCGCAAUAUCUCAGAAAACUUAAAAAAAGGUGGAUACUUUAUUGCAACAAUACCAAAUGCGUAUGAAAUAAUGUCAAGGCUGAAAAACAGUGAGAAUGGAUUAAGUUUUGGGAACGAAGUUUAUCAGAUCAAGUUCCCAGAGGAUAGACCAGAAACCCCUCUAUUAUUUGGAGACAGAUAUAAUUUCUAUCUGCAAGAUGUUGUAGACUGUCCUGAGUUUCUCGUCCACCCUCCAACUUUAGAAGCUCUUGCCGCAAAAUGGGGAUUGAAGCAAGUAUGGAUUCGAGAUUUUCAAACACUCUUUGAAGAUGCUGUGAAAGAUCGGGAGUAUCAGAAUCUCCUCUCAGUGAUGAGGGCUUUAGAGAACUACCCAACAAAUGAGCAAGAAACUGAGACUGAGGGUGAAUACAGCCAUGCUGAAGAUCACCUUGCCAAGAAUGAUAGAGCUGAUCGUAUAAGAACACUCUCAAAGUCAGAGUGGGAUGCAAUCCGUAUUUAUCAGGCUUGCCUCUUCAAGAAAGUAACCUAAGAUCUCAUAUCUCAUGUAUAGGUGAAUACUGUAUAAUUUUUUAUUUACAUUUUCUCUUUAUUUUUCCAUUAUUCCAUUUUCCCUUAGAGAUUCUCCAAAUAUUAUUGGAAAACUACUAAUGUGUAUAUAUAUAUAUAUAUAUAUAUAUAUAUGUAUGUAUGUAUGUAUGUAUGUGUAUGUAUCAUUAAAGUUAUAGGUCUGAACAAACUUACUGUAAAGGGAAAACAUUAAAUAAAUUUGUUUGAUGUAAAUAUUAAUCACGGUUAAAUAAUUACCUGGCUUCAUUCUGAGUUCAUUAUUUGUUUCCAUUUUCCAUUAGGCCUCACCCUCAUCAUUUUGCACAAACUGGGUACUGCAUAGGAAAGGUGUAAAGAAAUUUGAACAAUGCACCAACCGUCUUUACUUUUGCGUAACGUGUCUCCCAGUUAUAUUUGUACACAAGCAUAAGUUCUUUAUUUUGUGUUUGUCUGUUACGUUAUUUUGUAAUUUAAAUUAGCAUGCAAAAUCUGAUGUAUGUCAUUAAUUUUAAGUUAUCCUUGUUAAGAGAACAAUUUUUUUAUUUUUUUUUUACUCUUAGAUUUAUCAUUAUUACCUAUAUUUAUAAAUUACUGUAAACACCAUUAUUAUAAAUAUCAUCCUUAUCAUUGUUCCUACUAUAUCUAUAUAUUCCUUGUCAGGGACACUUUUCUUCCUAUUAUUCAAAAUAGUACAAAACAAUAUGUUUUUGCUACUUGAUCUGUUUGAUAUUAGGGUUAAAAUGGAACGUUUACAAUAUUGAUUAGUGUAAAAAAAAAAAUGGAAAUAAAAUUUGGUACAAGUG